AUGAAGGACUGCGAGUACCAGCAGAUCAGCCCCGGGGCCGCGCCGCCGCCCACCUCCCCCGGGGCGCGUCGCCUCGGCCCCGCCGCGCCCCCCGGCCCGGGCCCCGGGCCCCCGCCGCUCGCCGCCGCGCCGCGCUGGAGCGGCAGCGGCAGCGAGAGCAUCGGCCGCCGCCCACGGCGCAAGUGGGAGGUGUUCCCGGGCCGCAACCGCUUCUACUGCGGCGGCCGCCUCAUGCUGGCGGGCCACGGCGGCGUCUUCGCGCUCACGCUGCUGCUCAUCCUCACCACCACGGUCCUUUUCUUCGUCUUCGACUGUCCCUUCCUGGCCCGCGAACUGACCCUCGCCAUCCCCAUCAUCGCUGCCAUCCUCUUCUUCUUCGUCAUGAGCUGCCUGCUGCAGACAAGUUUCACCGACCCUGGGAUCCUGCCCCGGGCCACUGUCUGUGAGGCAGCCGCCCUGGAGAAACAGAUUGACAACACAGGCAGUUCCACGUACCGGCCCCCCCCUCGAACCCGGGAGGUGAUGAUCAAUGGGCAGAUGGUGAAGUUGAAGUACUGCUUCACCUGCAAGAUGUUUCGGCCGCCCCGGACCUCACACUGCAGUGUCUGUGACAACUGUGUGGAACGGUUUGACCAUCACUGCCCCUGGGUGGGCAACUGUGUGGGGAGACGGAACUACCGCUUCUUCUACGCGUUUAUUCUCUCUCUCUCAUUCCUGACGACCUUCAUCUUCGCCUGCGUUGUCACCCACCUGACGCUGCGCUCUCAGGGAAGCAACUUCCUCUCCACUCUGAAGGAGACACCAGCAAGUGUGCUGGAGUUGGUGAUCUGCUUCUUCUCCAUCUGGUCCAUCCUGGGCCUCUCAGGGUUUCACACUUACCUCGUCGCCUCCAACCUGACAACGAACGAAGAUAUCAAAGGCUCGUGGUCCAGCAAGAGGGGCGGUGAGGCCUCCGUCAAUCCCUACAGCCAUAAAAGUGUUAUCACCAACUGCUGUGCUGUGCUCUGCAGCCCCCUACCUCCCAGCCUGAUUGACAGGAGGGGAUUUGUGCAGUCCGACACCGUGUUGCCCUCGCCCAUCAGAACUGACGAGCCAGCCUGCGGAGCCAAGCCCGACGCCAGCAUGGUAGGAGGCCACCCCUGACCUGGGCUCAGUACUUGCCACCUGCUGGUCUGUCCGCCCCUCCGCACUCACCUGCCGCUCUCCACCUGCCGGGAUCCUCCCCAUUCCACCCAAGGGAAGCAGAGCCUCCAAAGACUCCAGUCUUUUCGUAUUUAUUUCCCACCCUGCGUGGCUUCCCCCACACCGUUCCAUGGCUGUACCCUCUGCUCCCCAAACCCAAGUUCCCACGGCCUUGGGCCCAAGAUCCCCCCAGCUGGUCAGUGGCAGGAGUGACAGGAUAGAGAGGCCAGGGCCCCUGAGGCCGCCCAGAGGACCACGCCAAGUCUGCCUGUGCCAGGGCGAGCCCUGUGUGAGUGAGGGUGCAGACCGAGUGCUGUGCCUCCCAGUUCGGGGAGCUGCUGGGCCCUGCUGAGCCAGGGUCCUGAGGUGAAGCAGGGCAAUGAGCAGCUGGCUCCAGACAGUGGGCUGUGAGAGAGGACGCCUCCACGGGCUGCUGUGGUUUGUGGGCGCCUCCAUUCUUCUCGUGAUGGUCAUUGUGCUUUCUUCAGUGGUUUUCCAUAUAUAUGUAUGGAGUUGGCCGAUAGGAUAGAGCUGGGGCUCCAGGUCGAGAAGGCAGACUUGGGGCUGGGUCGAGGGCCACUUGUGUCAGAGGAAGCCACACCAGCCCGGCAGGCACCCCAGACCUCAGCUCCUGCAUGAUUCCUGGGCAGCACAAUAGGAAUUGGGGGCCUUGCUCUCUCUGCCCAUGGAGGUUUCUCCAUGGGAUCCUAGCCUGGCCCGCUCCCCACCUCUCUCCCAAGUCAGGUCAGGGGAUGGGUAGGUUAUAAUGCUGGCAAUACUUGAAACGGGUUUAUUAAUGCUGGAUAUUUUGCACAAUUUUAUAGACCUCUUUUCUACAUUUUUUAAAUGGAAGAAGGAAAAAAAAGCCAGCCACAUUGCUAUCUGUGCAGUGCCAGGUUAAGGGUUAUCAGAAGGCAAGUUGGUUUUAAUAAGUUUAUUACAAGAGAACUUCUGGCUGUGAGUGAGUGUGUGUGUGUGUGUGUGUGUGUGUGUGUGUGUGUGUGGCCUUGUACAAAUGUGGCUGGCUCCCACUUCCCCACAUCCCCUGAGUUGCCGCCCUCCCCACCAUCGCCUUGAGCUGUGGGGACAGGGAGCUGUGUGCGUUGGCUACAAGAGGCCCUGCUGCUGUAGCUCAGCCAGCACCAUCUUAUCUUUCCCUCCCCUAGGGACUUCAGACAGCCAGUGGCUGGGGACUUAGCCACCCCCCACCCCACCCCUGCCACCCAGCCUCCAGGUCAGGCUUCCCGCUGGGAUCUGCCCAGACAGGCUGAGGCUGGGUGUGGUGGAUGGGGUAAUGGCUGUGGGGAGUGGCCGCCAUGCUACAAGCCACACCCCCUUCUCCAAGCCCUGAGCACGGGAUCCAGUGCCAGAGGCCAGAGGAGAGAGAAGGAGUCUCUGCCAACUGGAGGCCUCCAUCCAGAGAAAAGGAAGGAAGGAGCAGGGUAGGCCAAGAGACGGGUGAAGACUGGCCUACAUCUGGGCCAGAAACUCAGAGGAUGUCCAUCCUCUUCUGGGAGCUGUAGUUUCUUGUCAAAAUAGAUGGGAAAUUGUGCUUCUAUCCCUCUCCUUGGCCCUUCAAGUGGGCUGCAGUCCUUAGAAAGGGACAGGAAGUCCCCGCAUCUUGCCCUUCCUUGUUCCAGAGGCUAGUAGGUGACAGGCAGCUGAGAAGUGGCAGCCACAGAGGGUCCCCUCUGGGAGAAACAGCUUCGCCCCAACCUCAGGUCCCUGGGCCGUGCUGCAGUGGUGCUGGGAGGUCCGGGGGAGAAGCUGGCUAGAAGAGGGGACUCCCACUUGCCUUUUAUUUAAGCCAGUAUUCGUUGUUCCUGCUUGUAAUAAAACUUUUGUUUUUAAGAGUU